UCACAGGUGGUGCCUCGCGGCCUGUCGGCGCGUGGCGCUUUCGUGCCGCAGGAGACGGGCGCGCACCGCAGCGUCAGCGUCAAGGACCGCGGGCAGCACGUGCCCGGCAGCCCCUUCCAGUUCACCGUGGGACCCCUGGGCGAGGGCGGCGCGCACAAGGUCCGGGCCGGGGGGCCGGGGCUGGAGAGGGCCGAGGCCGGGACCCCCGCCGAGUUCAGCAUCUGGACGCGCGAGGCCGGCGCCGGGGGUCUCUCCAUCGCCGUCGAGGGUCCCAGCAAGGCCGAGAUCGCCUUCGAGGACCACAAGGACGGCUCGUGCGGGGUCUCCUACGUGGUGCAGGAGCCCGGUGACUACGAGGUGUCGGUGAAGUUCAACGACGAGCACAUCCCCGAGAGCCCCUUCGUGGUGACGGCCACGGCCCCGAGUGACGCCGCGCGCCGCCUGACUGUUUCUAGCCUUCAGGAGUCGGGGCUCAAGGUUCACCAGCCCGCCUCGUUCGCCGUCAGCCUCAACGGGGCCAGGGGCGCCCUGGACGCCAAAGUUCACAGUCCCUCGGGGGCCGUGGAGGAAUGUCACAUCUCCGAGGUCACCCCAGACAAAUACGCCGUGCGCUUCAUCCCGCGGGAGAACGGCGUCUACUCCAUCGACGUCAAGUUCGAGGGCUCCCACAUCCCCGGGAGCCCCUUCAAGGUCCGGGUGGGGGAGCCAGGCCAGGCUGGGGAUCCGGGCCUGGUCUCGGCCUACGGGCCCGGCCUGGAGGGCGGCACCACAGGCUCCCCGGCCGAGUUUGUGGUGAACACGUCCAAGGCUGGCCCAGGAGCUCUGGCUGUGACCAUCGAGGGGCCCUCCAAGGUGACCAUGGAGUGCCACGAGUGCCCCGAGGGCUUCCGCGUCAGCUACACGCCCAUGGCCCCCGGCAGUUACCUCAUCACCAUCAAAUCCGGGGGGCCCCACCACAUCGUGGGGAGCCCCUUCAAGGCCAAGAUCACCGGGCCACGCCUGGUGAGCAGCCACAGCCUCCGCGGGAGCUCCUCGGUGCUGCUGGACUCGGGGGGCCACGGGGGCCCCGCCCCCGCCCCCGGCCCCGCCGGGGCCCCCCCGGGACCCCCCAAAUUCUCCGACGCCUCCAAGGUGGUGGCCAAAGGCCUGGGGCUCACCAAGGGCUUCGUGGGCCAGAAGAAUUCCUUCACCGUGGACUGCAGCAAGGCCGGCACCAACAUGCUGCUGGUGGGCGUUCAGGGCCCCAGGAACCCGUGCGAGGAGAUCGUGGUGAAGCACCUGGGCCACCAGCUGUACAACGUGGCCUACGUGCUGCGCGAGCGCGGCGAGUACCUGCUCGUGGUCAAGUGGGGCGAGCAGCACGUGCCCAACAGCCCCUUCCGCGUCACCGUGCCCUGAGCCGCCCGAAAUCCCCAAAAACGCCAAAGAAACGGCCUCGGGAGCAACGGGAAACGGCCUCGGGAGGGCUCGGGAACAACGGGGAAAGCGGCGGGA